AUGGUUAAAAAUGCACUAAGUGACUUAAACAAAGAGGACGAGGUUUACAGAAGAGCCAAAAAAAUCAAAGUAUUAAUAAAUGUAAGAAAUAGUAAAAUAUUUAAAGUAUCAAGAUUCCAACAAAAACAAUUAAUUAUCCUCAUAAAAUCCCAGGAUUCAAAAUAUACGGCAAAAAAGAUAAUUAACAAAAAUGAAAUAGAAUUCAGAAAAUUAGUUGACCAUUUGGAAUGCGUCAGAGAGAGCCUAAAUAUUAAAAAUAUCUAG